GCUUUGUCACAUGGGCGUCUCUUCACAAAUCAAGUCACAGCUACAAAGUGCACACAAGCACGUAACAGCCCACACAUACACAGCCAACAUAGCAACCAUCAAAUAAUCUCUGAACAUGGAUGAGUUAGAUUUACUACUUGCAGAAUUGGCUCAGACCUCUGAUAAAAGCACAAUUGCCCCUGGAGCAGUUGUUAAGACAACAGUGGUGUCUACGAACACAGAAACAAGGAACAGUGGAUAUGGGAUUCCAACCUCAGGUCUCACAAGAACAGGACAGCCCUCUGCGAGCAAUGUUUACAGUAAUCCAUCAGGCCGAGGGGCCAGUGAGCCAAUGAGUCCAGCUACAGCCACCCGAGAGCUGGACUCCAUCAUGAACGAGCUGCUGGGAUUGGACCUGGAGGCCCCAGAAACAGGGCCUACAUCCGCCCCACCACCUCUCGCUCAGAAAGAGAGACGGAGUGUGAAAGAUAAGACAGAGAGGAGUGUGGAAGUAUCGGCCGACAAGUCAAAGUCACCCGAGACAUGCACGGACGUAGCAAAGCCAAAGAAGACUGACGCCAUCGACGAUCUUCUGGGGGGCCUCAGCUCCGACAUGGAGAAGAUGGGGGUUCGCACCACUGCCAAGGGCCACUGUGCUUCCUGUGGCAAGUGUAUUGUUGGAAAGAUCAUCACGGCACUGGGGCAGGUGUGGCAUCCUGAGCACUUUGUGUGCGUCGCGUGUAAACAGGAGCUGGGCACAACAGGGUUCUUUGAGAGAGACGGCAAACCCUACUGCGAGAAGGACUACCAGGAGAUCUACGCGCCCAAAUGUGCCUACUGCAAAGGCGCUAUUGUGAAUAACAUCCUGACGGCUAUGGAUCGUACCUGGCACCCAGAACACUUCUUCUGUACCCACUGCGGAGAGCUGUUUGGAACGGAUGGGUUCAUGGAGAAGGAGGGGAAGCCAUACUGCACCAAAGACUUCUAUCAGCUUUUUGCUCCCAAGUGCUCUGGCUGCAGCCUUCCGGUGAAGGAGAACUACCUGACAGCCGCCAAUGGCGUGUGGCACCCGGACUGCUUUGUCUGUGCCGACUGUUUGCAGCCCUUCCAAGAUGGCUGUUUCCUCGACAUGGACGGCCGCCCCCUGUGCUCCCUGGACUUCCACAAGCGGCAGGGGACGCUCUGCGGGAGCUGCGGAGCCCCCAUCACCGGCCGCUGCAUCGCCGCCAUGGGCCACAAGUUCCACCCCGAGCACUUUGUCUGCGCCUUCUGCCUCCGGCAGCUCAGUCAGGGCGUGUUCCAGGAGCAGGAGGGCAAGCCAUAUUGCAAGGUGUGCCACGGGAAACUAUUCAUGACAAAGUAACACGGUGCUGUUUUUAUACCCCCGGGAGAUCAGUUAGGUUAGUUAGGGUCAGGGCCAGGGGUGGGUUUGGGUAAGGUGAUGUUUUCUAAUAGUAAUUAUUCGACAUCAGUUUGUUUUAAAGACUGAACUUCAACAAACCAUCUGGUCUCUUUGUAGAUUGACUGUCCAAGUAAAGUUUCGUCAAUUCUGUGUUUAUUAUAUUCUAUGGAUGGGAAGGGAAUUGAUUCUGCAAUAUCCUUUUAAUGAUUCUGACUGAAUUUACUGUUUUUCUUUUUUUUUGGAAAUGAGCUAUAGCUAGAAAAAGACACCAGACUGCUUGCUGCUACAGUAAUAUAUGGUAUGAAAGACACAUAGUGCUAAAACGAUGUAAUAAAGUGUAGUACAACUGCAAAA